AGAGCUCGCGGGGUGCGAGGCGAGGGGAGGCCGGCUGGGUAGCAUGAGUCAGCAGCGGCCGGCGCGGAAGCUGCCCAGCCUGCUCGUGGACCCGGCGGAGGAGACGGUGCGACGCCGCUGCCGAGACCCCAUCAACGUGGAGGGCCUGCUGCCAUCAAAAAUAAGGAUUAAUUUAGAAGAUAAUGUACAAUAUGUGUCCAUGAGAAAAGCUCUGAAAGUGAAGAGACCUCGUUUUGAUGUAUCACUGGUUUAUUUAACUCGAAAAUUUAUGGAUCUUGUCAGAUCUGCUCCUGGGGGUAUUCUUGACUUAAACAAGGUUGCAACAAAACUAGGAGUACGAAAACGAAGAGUGUAUGACAUCACCAAUGUUUUGGAUGGAAUUGAUCUUGUUGAAAAAAAGUCUAAGAACCAUAUUCGAUGGAUCGGAUCUGAUCUUAGCAAUUUUGGAGCAGUGCCCCAACAGAAGAAGCUGCAGGAGGAACUUUCUGAUUUAUCGGCGAUGGAAGAUGCUCUGGAUGAGUUAAUUAAGGAUUGUGCUCAGCAGUUGUUCAAGUUAACAGACGACAAAGAAAAUGGAAGACUAGCAUAUGUGACGUAUCAAGAUAUUCAUAGCAUUCAAGCCUUCCAUGAACAGAUUGUAAUUGCAGUUAAGGCUCCGGCAGAAACCAGAUUGGAUGUUCCAGCGCCCAGAGAAGAUUCUAUCACAGUACAUAUCAGGAGCACUAAAGGGCCUAUUGAUGUUUAUCUAUGUGAAGUGGAGCAGGAUCACUCAGGUCAUAAAGUGUCGGACGGUGUAGGGGCCUCUUCGUCUGAAAGCAGACAUCCAGAGCGCCCUCCCGCUGAGAAAGAAGAAAAUCCUCCACAGCAAAGUGAAGAACUGCUUGAAGUGAGCAAUUGAUGGCAUUUGAGGAUUCGUGCAUUGAGUCUCUUGGGGACAUCCUGUGUGGAUGAAUUAUGCAUUAGAUGUGAUUCUCAGAGCAAUAAAUCAUCCCAGACACUUUCUCAUUCUCAGUAGCAGCAGUAAGGCCAGGAGUACCUUCGAGUAGUUCACUACUUAGAUUACUGGAUAAUUAUGCUUUCUGCGUUUGAAAACAACUCUUUUUAUAAUUAUUCACUGCUUUUUGUCAGUGAAAUAGACAUCUUGCCUACUGAAAUUACUAAAUCACCCAGAGUAUCACUGAAACAGACAGGCAGGCUGGAUGGACAGUUCUUAGUGGACCCUGCCCUUUGCUGCAUGGAUCAUGUGUCAUUAUCACAAAAGAAAUUGCCUUACACGGGUUCAUGUCUGCAAUGGAUGGGUG